AUGUCUUCCGGUUCUCCUAGUCGUGGUCCUGCCAGCCCUGCUAGAUCCCGUUCGGGAUCUCAGCCCAAGCAUGGCUUCGGACCUUCCAUGGGCUUCGACCCCGCGAAGCCCGAGGGCGGUGGUCCCAGCAAGGAUCACGUCAACUCUCGUAUCGACCCGCCCCCAGAGUCGUAUCUGAAUGCCGGCGAAACCCCCUUCAUUCGGAGACCCGGUUACAAUACCGCCGGCAAGCUCAUCGACUUGGAGGUCAACCAGUUCCGUGUCAAGCAGUGGAACGACAAAAUGACCAUCUACCAGUACGAUGUGUCGAUCUCGCCCGUACCCCUGAAGUACAAUGUGGUGUUCAAGAAGGUUUGGGACUCCCCGCCUGUCCAAACCAUGCUGGCGAAGUACAAGACUCUUUGGUUGAACGAUGGCCGCAAGUUGGCUUGGUCGUCGGUUCCCAUCAACCGUGGCGAGGAGCGCUUGAAGGUUGACCUUGACGAGGGCAAGCCCGUUCGUCCCAAUGCUAAGCCGCGCGACAACUCCUUCUUCUUCGUCAUGAAGGAGACGAAGAAGAUCAACCUUGCGGCUCUUGAGGCAUACUUGACCGGCAAGAUGGACUGGGACAGCACUGUUCUGGAGUGCAUGAACUUCCUCGACCACCUCGUCCGUCAGUACCCUAGCGAGAAUCUCCUCUCGAUCAAGCGCAAUUUCUACAACGAGCGCAAUCCGCAGACCAUGGAUCUUGGCCCCUGCUUGCAGGUCGUCAAGGGUGUCUACUCGUCGGUCCGGAUGAACCAAUCGGUUAUGGACAAGUUUGGUCGAGGGCUCGGUCUGAAUGUUGACGUUGCCAAUACCGCAUUCUGGAAGGGAGACAAGCUGUUGCAUCUCUUUGUCAGGGACUUUCUGGGUACCUGCGAUCGCAGAUGGCAGGGCCUAAGCCCGCCCGACAUCGCCAAGAUCUUGAAGCCAGUGCGCCAGCAGGACAAGAACGGCAAGACGGUACUUACCAUGUCUGAUGCCUUCAAGCACCUCAGGAAGCUGGCGAAGCUUCGAUUCUGCCCCAAGCACCGCGGCAAGGAGAACUGGGACAAGUCCUACACCAUCAAGGGGUUCGCAUUCAACCCUACCUACGGUGACAGCGGUGCUACUACUGACAGUAUCGUCUUCACGAACAACGGCGAGGAGAUGAACAUUACGAAGUACUUCGACAAGACCUACGGGUACAAGGUUCAGUUCCGUGACUGGCCCGUUGUCGAGACCGCAAAGGCCGGCUUCUUCCCCAUGGAGGUCUGUGUGAUCGCUGCCAUGCAGCGCUACAACUACAAGCUUGACCCUGAUCAGACCUCGGCGAUGAUCAAGGCCGCCGUCACUCGUCCCACCCAGCGCAAGGCGGACAUCAUCAAGGCGAAGAACCAGCUGGCAUGGAAGGAGGACCCCUAUCUCCGCCAGUACGGUGUUGUCUUCGAAGACCAGAUGGCUAAAACUACGGGCAGUCUGCUUGAGCCCCCGAAGAUUCAGUACGCCAACAAUGUGGUCAGCCCCGUCUUCUCCGGCCGCUGGGACUUGCGCGGCAAGAAGUUUUGGGUUCCCAACCGUGCUCCUCUGGCGUCUUGGGGUAUCGUGAUUCUCGAGAACUCAACCAACAAAGCCAGUGCCCAGGCCUUUGCACAGACGUUCAAGCAGACUUACACUGGCCAUGGAGGCAAGAUUACCAAAGAUGCCGUUGCCAAGACCAACGCUGUCCCGCAGCUGCUCUUCUGCAUCUUGCGGUUCAACAACGUUGGCUCUUACGAGCGAAUCAAGAAGUCCGCCGAUUGUCGAUUCGGCUUACUCACUCAGUGCGUUCUUUCACGUCAUGUUGACAAGAACCAGGCCCAGUACCAUUCCAACGUGGCCAUGAAGGUCAACGCGAAGCUUGGAGGCGUUACUUGCCGUAUCCCUCACCCGUCCGGUCCUUCUAACAAGAACCCUCCUUUCUUUAAGGAAGUUACUAUGAUGAUUGGAGUAGACGUUUCCCAUGCGACUCCUGGAAUCGACGCUCCCUCGAUGGCAGCGAUGACCAUGUCGAUGGAUGCUGAUGCUACUUUCUACUCGGCUGCUGUUGAGACCAAUGGCUACCGCGUUGAGAUGCUCUCUCCAGUCAGUGCCCGCACUUUCCUCGGUCGCCUCAUGCCCACCUGGCACAAGCGUAUGGGCCACCCGGCGCCUCCUCCGCACAUCGUCUACUUCCGUGACGGUGUCUCUGAGGGCCAGUACUCACAGGUGUUGGAGUACGAGGUGGGAACGAUGAAGAACAUCAUCAAGAGCAUCUACCCCACCGCCAAGCAGCCCAAGUGGACGGUCAUUGUGGCUACGAAGCGCCAUCACAUUCGAUUCUUCCCCCGGAAUGGAGACAAGAACGGCAACCCCCUCCCCGGAACUGUCCUUGAGAAGGAGGUCUGCCACCCUUUCUGGUGGGACUUCUACAUGUGCUCGCACGUGGCCAUUCAGGGAACUGCUCGCCCUGUACACUACACCGUUCUGGUGGACGAGGCCAAGAUGGGCACGAAUGAUCUUCAGCGCAUGAUCUAUGGUCAGUGCUACCAGUACGCACGCUCGACGACUCCUGUCUCCCUUCACCCGGCGAUCUACUACGCUGAUCUCGCCUGCGGCCGUGCUCGUGCACACGAGAACAUUGCUACCUCUCAGGGCUUCCGCUCCGGCCCCAAGGCGGUGGAAAUGGCUGACGAAUACGGCUCCCGCGGUCUUAGCAUGUUCGAGGGCGAGCGUCCCACCGAGUCCCUUCCCCUGCUGCCUCUGGGUGGCAGUGGCCCUGACUCUGACCCCCAGGCCUCUGACAUGUUCAAGAACACCAUGUGGUACAUCUGA